AUUUUCCCUUUACAUAAAUGUCGCCAUGUGUUCCCACCGUGUCGUCACAUGCCAUCCCCAGCCAACACCAAAAUCACAUCAUGUCGUCAUGUUGACAAUGCUCGUGGGCUACGACUCUCUCCAUCCAAUCUCCUAUAUAUUCAAAACCAAUGCAUCGCCCCGUUCCGUGAACAAGCAGGCAAUUCUUGCUUUGCUACAGUCUCUUCCCCUUCGAAAUUCAUGGUAAUUUCCUGAUACAUGCAGCUUUGGAUCGAUCCAGCGAUGAUGUGGAUUGGAUCUAGCAGUUUCUGAUUACGUCAGGGCAUUCUCCUUACCUGAUAAACAGGAGAGAAUAUCCGCGGUCGGCAUUUUGUUCGCCUCGACUUGCUGGACAUUGAUAGCCAGAAAGGUGUACUUACACAUCUUACGCUUUUGGAAUCGUCGCACGUCGACACGAUGGACUCAUUGCCAGAACACUGCAUCUCUGUGAUUCUCGCCCUCACAUCCCCUGAAGACGUAUGCAGGCUCGCUCAAGUGUCGCGCACUUUCCGAUCAGCUGCUCAGUCCGACGUCAUCUGGGAAGGCUUCUUGCCGCCUGACUGCAAAACCCUGCUCGCAAGGUUGGUGAGGCCCCUCAAGUUCAGUUCCAAGAAGGAGCUCUACCUCAGCUUGUGCCAACCUCAGCUCGUUGACUCCGGGAGAAAGAGCUUCAAGCUGGAGAAAUUGUCUGGGAAGAUAUCGUAUGUGCUGUCUGCAGAGAGCUUUCCAUAG